UUUAAUUUCUGUGACACAGAUCGUGCAAUGAGUGACAGAGGCGCAAGGCGCGGCGUAGGCGCACCGUUCUACGCGCCGCCGCGGCGCAAGACCUCUGCGGAAAUCAUCAGCGAAGCCCGCGCUGCCAUAUACGGGGAGAUGAGCGGCGGCAGCGGGUCGGGCGGCGCGCUGCGACCGCUGCGCACGCGGCGGCCGUUCACGCCGCGUGAGCCGCAGCGCACGCUGUUUGCCGAACGCGCGCGCACGAAGGACCCGCGCCCGCCCAGCGCUUUUGAUCUCAAGUACCUGAGCUUGUCAGAGAACACAGAAGAGAUGACCACCGCUGUGCUGGGAGCCCGCAUUGCCAGCCUUGACGAAGAGGGACUAAACGGGAUCCUACUUACUGAACCACAGAGCAAUGGCAAGAAAAAAUCCACGCAGCUGAGGAAUUUACAAGCAAAGACGAUGCAGUCUGGCGAUGGGUGGAGUGGUUUCACAAGACUUCCUCAUCUCAGUGGGCGGGCCAAACCACUGCACCGUAGGAAUACCACAGGGCAUGUAAAUGAUGAAUUAAAAGCGGAGACAGAAUUAGCGCAUGCCAUUUCAGUAACACGUCCUUUAGGCGGAACUGAUGGAGACCUUAAUUUCGCUAUGGCUCUAGACAGUAACACUUAUAAAUCCCUAGGCCCUGAAAGUAACGUGAAGAGGAAACAGUUUGCCGUCAACAAAUCGGUGUCUUAUGACGCUAGCCAUAAAGCUGACCCAUUGGGCGACUUAGCCGUCAAGCAUUUAGCUGUGCAGUUGCCCAAUACAUCGGCGACAGAUCUCGAAAGCGCCAGCGUUCUUGAACUAGCAGAAGCACUGUCCGAACGCACUCAGCCAGUAGAAAGAACAGUUCUAAUCAUGGAAGCCUUGCAGAACGUCCUAGAGAAGUCACCACCAGCCGGCAGUCUUAGAGAACUGGUUCUUAGGUCGUUGUACAUGCACAUUGAUGCGGAGGACGAACGAAUACUUGUAGCGAUUGCACGAGCUAUGCUUACAAUGCGAGUGACAGGAGCAAAUCUAGCAGCAGCAAGCAAAUUGGUUUUCAAAAUAGCGAGAAAUGAUAAGAACGAUCAUUACUUUAGGAACACGAAUUUACUUGAAUUAUUAGUCGAGGGUUGUGGCAGAGCUGAUCCUCUGACAGAAGGCGAAUGCUGCGUGUACGGCGCGGGAGCACUGCGCUUUCUAGCGUUAGAGCCCGGGCUUUGUGCGCUGGCGCAUAAAGCUGGUGCCUUGCAUUUGGCUGCUUUGCACCUGAAGAUCGUGAAUAAUGCGAAAGCUGAAAAUCCUCGGGCUGUAUCUGAACAAUCAACACACGCGCUGUACCAACUGACAGGUGCUCUUCGCAACCUCGCCGGAGCUGAGAAGGAGGCGCGAGCGUUUGUCGCUAGUGGCGCCCUCGCAGAGCUGAUCAACGCGCUGAUGUAUCAUACUGACAGAGAUGUGCUGACUAAUGUCGCCAGGUGUCUUAGCGUCCUCUCAGCCGAAGAGUCGUGCUGUGCGUGGCUGUGCGCUUCUCACGUUGCUGCACGAGCUUGCGUGCGCGCACUAGCGGCGUGUGCUCCCCGCGCACCAUUGGCCGUGAGACUUGCGUACACGUUAGGAAACAUGGCCGCUGCCGACCGCCAGGCGAGAAUCAAUAUCUACAACGAAGAAGGCAGCGUGGACGUACUACUGACGAUUUUGGAGCUUUACACGAAGCGAAACGACGAUCUGCGAGACCCUGAUUCUGAUCCUGAUCUACAUCUGAUAGGCACAGAUUUGGGAGGAUCAGAUGGUUCCAACGAAGACGUUCUUAUAAAGACAGUGCGAGUGGUAGCCAACCUGUGCCUCUGCGAGCGGGCGGGUCGGGGCCUCGCGGCGGAACACGCUGAGCGCACUGUCAAAGCCUUGCUGGCUUGCCUCGAACUGGCCGAGAAACCGAUGGAACAAGUGCCCCAAGAAGAUGAUGAAGAACGCCCCAGCUGGAUAGAGCGGCGCGAGGAGCUGGCCACCGCAUCUCUGGCUACCCUCAACAAUAUUACCUUCUACAGAGAGCCACCUGACCCGCCUGAUCCUCUGGACACCUUGCUGGAUCAACUUUGCAAAGUGACAUGCAGACGGCUGGCGGGCUCAGGGCCCGCGGCGUGCGAGGCGGUGCGUGCCCUCGGGAAUCUAUCCCGCGACACGCGCUCAGCACAGCUCAUCGUGCUCGAGGGCGCGCUAGACUUGCUCGUGCCAUUCUUGGAGCAUGACGAAGCCAGCGUGCGUUGCGCUGCAGCAGGAGUUUUAGUCAACGUGUGCGGCGCCGGCAGCGAAUGCGCGGACGCCGGCGCGCUAGCAGCACGUGCAUUGGUAGCCGCAGCUGGCUGU